GGGAGGGGCAAUGGGCGAGAAGCCCAAGCAGACACAGGACUCAAGUCUCACAAAGCUGAGAUCAUGACCUGAACUGAAACCAAGGGUCCAACACUCAAUUGAGUGAGCCACCCAAGUGCCUCUCAGCGCCUUGCGAAAAGCAGUUAGGAAUUGUGCUCUCUUGUUCAUUUUUUCCAGCAUUUACUCUGUAGCCUUUCAGUAGUAUUUACUUCACAAUUUAGAUUUUGUGCGUGAUCUUGAUCCUUAUAUCUAGGUGUGACAACAUAGCUCUUCAGUUUUUAAAGGUUUAUUCUAAGUCACUACUGGAAGAGUUACUCUAAAAUUCAGCCAGGACUCCGGUUCAGUUUGAGUUGGCAUUUGGAGAACAUAUCCCUAUUAAGUUGAUGAUGGUAAUGUGUGAAGUAACUUUUUUAUGUCUUGCUUUUUAGGAGUAGGUGGUUUAGCAGCCCUGGGUGACCAGGGAAUUUCACAAAUAAACCCACCAGCAAGUUUAAAUACAAGUAGGGCCCACUCGGAGGAGGUGGAGUGCUGCUGUUGCUCAAAAAAGAUGUCUAGCGGCUCCAGUGAAGCUGAUGUGAUAAGAACACGAAUACCUGCUUAUGAUGAUGAUAACACUGUUCUUUAUGCAUAUGAACCAAACACUGCAUAUGUCAAUAAUCAGGAAACUGUGAUGUCUGACACAUCCUACAAUGAAGAACAACAAAAAACUGUUGUGGAUGUCCUCAAUCAUUGUCAGGUCAUCUAUGAUGCUAUUCAAAACCUGGAUAAGAAAUUUGAUGUCAUUCAUGGAAAAGUUUCAAAAAUCCACCGUUUUCGUGUGAAAUCACUGUGGCAGAAUCGCAAGCCACUUGGAUAUGCUUAUAAAAAUUAUAAUUACCUGCUUUCCAGAAAGAUCAGAUUGCAGAAAUUGAGGAAGAAGGAACCUCCUUCUUCAUUCUCUUACCCUGAAAGUUAUAGCCCAACUAUGCCGGUGGAAAGGCCCCCAGAUGAUUCCCAGAGCAAUCCUAUAGGAUCACCCUACCGUUCAGAGGAGGGGUCCCCAGAACGGGAUCCAGAGUCAUUCCUCCCUGAGCAGGAGCCGAAUCUGAGCCAGAGUCCAACACUUCCCUCCAUGUAUUCUUCACAUUCAUACCAGCCAUAUUUCACACCUGAUGAUCCGAUUCAGGGCUCCUCUACCAUCGUGCCCUACUGUCCCAGCCCAGGGCCCAAUACCAGCCACAUGUUCUCACCUACUCGAGCUUGUACAGUAGCACCCGGAUCCAUUCUGGGUCAAGGUGAGCCCAGUCCGACGCAUAACCCUGAGAUGAUGACUUAUCCAGCUCUAAUGGAAAAUAAGUGCCUCGGCCAUACUGCCUCAUCUCUUUGUAUCCCGCCCAACUUUGCUACAAGUUCACCAAUUGGAACUGACCCAGGUAUCCUAAAACAAAGCUUCUCGGAUGACCCUUCAACCUGGUCUGUGGAGGAAGUGAUCCAGUUUCUGAAACAAACAGAUCCUCAGACAUUCACAUUCGCCAUCGCUGACCUUUUCAGGCAACAUGACAUUGACGGAAAGGCUCUGCUACUACUAAAGAGUGACAUGAUGAUUAAGUACAUGGGGCUGAAGCUGGGGACAGCCCUGAAGUUGUGCCACUACAUCGAUAGGCUUAAAGAAGAAAAAUUCUUUGUCAACUGAAAACAUGUUUGUGUCAAUUUAGCUCGAUCUUCAUUCAGGGGAGACCAGUGCCAUCUUGGUGUAAAAUCAUUUUUCUGCCCUUAGAAGUUUUUGUUGUGUAGAAGGUUCUUCUAAAAACUAUGUUCUGUCCAGAAUUGCAGAACUCCAUUAUAGUCUGGUCUACUCUUUCAGAAGCCAUCUAACAUGUGAGCAUUGGCGGUUUGUUAGAUUGGGAGUUUUUUCGUUAUAUCUUUUUAUUAUUUUUAUUGCAUAGUUUACAAUUGUACUUCACACAGGAAACAGAAACACCUCUAAUUUCUGUUCAUCUUUAUCUAAGGAACCAAAACAGCUGAAUCCCAAAGAGAAAAUAUCAGGGCCUGAAAAGUUCUCUAGUAAAUCCAUGGAUUUUCCUUAGAAGAAAACUUAAAAGAUGCAACUAUAGAUAGCAUCUUUCUAAAAUCUUUUAUGUUUGUUACUGCAAGCUUCUGUUCAUGUUCUACCAGCUUCCCAAAAGGGAAAGCCAUAUAAAGUAUUUUCCUUUCUAUUAUUAUUUCUAUAUAUGUUGUAUUUGUUUCUAUUUAAAGAAAAAAAGGCAACCUUAUAAGCUUUCUUAAAGUAUUUUUACCAAUUUUUAGAUAAAUUGUUAGAACGGUCAUUUUAUGCAAGAGAUACUUAGUUUACAACUUAACAUAUUUUACCUAAGCUUGGACAUUUCACUAGGCACUCAUUGCUCCCAUCUCUCUAUAAAGAUGCCUAUGUCCAAAUUUUUGAAAGAUACGUUUUUAUUGUCUGUGUUCAUAAUGAUACUGUUUCAUAUUUAUAUUUUAUUCUAUAUCUGAAGUAUACACACAAGUAAGUCUUCUUUUUGAAUUUAAGGAUAGCACUUUGCACUUCACAGAGGUAAAGAUGAACUAUAUCCAGUGAGAUGUUUUUAUUCUGUUAAAAAUAUUCACAUCAUCUGCCAUCACUAGUACCUCUCAGCUGACUCUUCAGGGUUUCCAUACAGGGAAGCUCUCUGUCCUGUGCAAUGUUUCUAGUUCAUUUGCUUUCUGAGCCAUUUAUCCUACUAAACUUUGAAAAAUACAUUAGCUCUAAUUUGUCAUUUUGGACUUUAUUUUAAGAAUUAGAAAAUUAGAACAUUCAAGUGAAACCUGUUCAUUGUUUUAUUUAUUACCUUGUUAUAUUAUAUAACAUUUGAUAUAAUAUUUAUAAGCUGUGAGAAUUGGUGCUAAGUGUAUUAGCCAUUUGUUACAAAUGCCAAUAAAAUGUUCACCAGGGGCAAAAAUACACAUCUUACUUUUCAAAAACCAAGUGUGCUUUAUAAACAAAUGCAAUUCUUUACUGGGCAUAUGUGACUUAAAAGGUGCUUUUAUUUAUGUUACUCAUUUAUGUUGUUUCUUGUAAGACAAGAUUCUAUUUUAAACUUGAUCUUCUCUCAAAUUGUGUGAAGAUGCUGUGCCCAGCUGAACAGUCCUCAGGUGUUUGUAUGAAUACUAUGUUUUACAGUUUCAGAUUUUAAAAUAUAAUAAAGUUUUAAAACCACAA